CGCCGUCGGAAAUGAGGAUGCCCAUGUCCAAGCUAAACUGGUUGCGGUCAUUAUUAAGCCACAGAUAACGGCACUCGUCGCCUCGUUUCCCGGGAGUUUGCGCCCCCCAGACGGCGACAUUGCAUAAAGCAAGUAUUCAUUAGGCGGGUUCACGGUCACGCGACAGAUCCCCGUCGCUUCGGUGAAGCUGCGCGCAAUCGAGGCCAUCCACUCGCUGCUCUCAAGCGCGUUAGUGAGCGAGCAGUGAUGUGACCCUUUGCGCGUCCAGCAAUUGUCUGUUGACGAUGAUCCGCGCUUCGUGCGGGCUGACCUGCCGUGCAGCGCACUCGCGGACUUGUCCAACAGAGUAUUGAUUAUUUUACCUGCCAAUGUUCUCGAUGCGCUGCACAAGGAGGCGAGGAUAAACAAGACCAACUGACUGUUCGAGUUCAAUCGGAGACGCAUCUUGUACUCAGAUUCACACUCUCGCCACCGCCAGACACCAUCAUGCCGAGCAAAACCCAGCCCGACACCAAAUUGUCCGUAGCGGUCAUCGGCUCCGGCCUAGGUGGCCUAUCUGCGGCCAUCUCCCUUCGUCGCGCAGGCCAUCAAGUCGUCCUAUACGAGCGAUAUGACUUUGGCGGCGAGGUGGGCGCCUCUCUGUCCGUGGCAUCCAACGGGUCGCGCUUCUUGGAAGAAUGGAACAUCGACAUCGCAGCCGCCAAGCCAGUCGUCCUUCGGAAACUAAUUCGCCAUGAUUGGAAGACGGGUGAGAUCCAGGGCACGUAUCCGCUGGGAGACUAUCGCGAACGAUUCGGCACUGACUACAAUAACUUUCAUCGCAUAGACCUGCAUCAGCAUCUGAAGCACGCUGCCACCUCCCAGCUGGGCGAGGGUGUGCCGGCUGAGCUAAAGACGUGGCACAAGGCGGUGGACGUGGAUCCUGAGCUUGGGCGCAUCAAGUUUGAGAACGGCAACGAAGCAGUUCACGACAUUAUCAUUUGCGCCGAUGGCAUCCGCAGUGCCAUGCGUGAACGCAUUGGAGUCUUGCCCCGGAUCCAGCCCAGCACCUCUUGCUGCUACCGCUGCAUCAUUUCCGCCGACAAGCUGCGCGAGCUUGGUCUCGACGAGUACCUCAGCAACUAUGCGAUUGAAUUCUGGGGCGGCGACGGCAUUGACAAAAUUGUCCUCUCCUCAUGCAGCGACAACAAUGUCGUGUCCUGCUACUGCUUCUACCCUGCCAGCAAAAAUGACCUCAGAGAAGACGGCUGGGAUAUUUCAACCACAGGGGAGAAUCUGGUGGCUACGUUUCCCGAUCUUGACGAGAAGCUCAAGACACUGUUCCUGAAUGCCGAGGACAUCAAGAUGUGGCGCUUGUACAACCAUGAACCGUAUGAAUACUGGGUUCGCGGUCGGUGUGCGCUCCUUGGCGAUGCCGCUCAUCCCAUGCUGCCCGAUCAAAGCCAGGGAGCUUGCAUGGCGAUCGAAGACGCGGGAGCUCUUGGUAUCAUCUUCUCGGAUCAAUACAGCCAUCUGAGUAUUGGGGAGCAACUCAAGCUCUACGAGAUGGAGCGCAAGUCCCGGGCCACGAAGCUGCAGGAAGCCAGUCGAAGAGCACGCCUUGAUCUGAAUGAGCGUAUCGGAUGGUCAAGCAAAGCGGACAAGCCUGGGAAACUGACAAUAGAGGAGGUUUGCGGGUAUGAUAUGCACCAACAUGUGGCUGCCUUGGUCGCAGGCUUGUGAUUUUAUCAAUAGGAAUGUGAAUAUUCAUACUGAUUUACUUU